UGGAGGUUUAACGUCAUUAUUGUGGUGCGAACGUUACCUUGCCCGGUUGAAAGUUAAUAUAGGAAGCUAGUGUGGGCUUGCAUUGGAAGAUAAACAUGGCUGACCUGGGACUGAGAGAGGGGGACAAGGUGCUGUUCGUGUGGACGCAGCCGUCAUCCCCCAGUGCGCUAAAGGACUUGGCAGAAAGCCUUGGAGCCAUUGUUGGCAACCAGAGCCUGAUAUCAGUAGAAAACAUUGAGAGACUGCUACUGUCUUCUCACUCUUCAUCCAGUUAUGACUGGGUUCUCUCAGGGCUUCUGCCAGACAGCUCUCCAAUCCACAGUCCAGAGACACUUGCAGAAAUGGCCAGAGUAAUCAAACCUGGUGGGAAACUUGUGUUAGAAGAGCCAGUCACAGGCUCUGAGGCCAAAGGUGUGCGGACUGCUGAGAAGCUGACAUCAGCCCUGAAACUGUCUGGGCUCAUGUCUGUCACGGAGGUCAAGAAAGAGCCUUUGAGUGACAAGGCAUCUGCAGCUCUGAGAGAAGUCACAGGUUUCCAGGGAAACUCGCUCUUAAGGGUGCGCAUGUUGGCCUCCAAGCCCAAUUUUGAAGUGGGCUCUUCCAGUCAGUUAAAACUUUCCUUUGGGAAGAAAACUGCCAAAACAGAGAAACCAGCCCUAGACCCAAGUGCUGCCAAGUUGUGGACCCUUUCAGCCAUUGAUAUGAAUGAUGAUGAUGUGGACCUGCUCGAUUCAGAUGCUCUCCUGGAUGAAGAUGACCUGAAGAAGCCUGACCCAGCCUCACUUAGAGCGCCUUCUUGUGGAGAAGGAGCAAAAAAGAAAAAGAAAGCUUGCAAGAAUUGCACAUGCGGUCUUGCUGAGGAAUUGGAGCAGGAGAGUAAAGGAAAUCAAAAAACUAGUCAGCCAAAAUCGGCUUGUGGAAGUUGUUACCUUGGUGACGCUUUCAGAUGUGCCAGCUGUCCGUAUCUAGGGAUGCCUGCUUUCAAACCUGGAGAAAAAGUUGUGCUGGCUAACAUGCAGUUGAGUGAUGCAUAAACAGUGAAAUGCUCCAGUCUUAGUAUUAUCCACAUUCCAUUCCCUUAAAUUGUCCUGCUGCCCCUGUUCCAUCCUUAUUAAAGGCAGUGGAGUUACCAUGACAGCCUGUAAUACUGAAGUGUUCUGUGUUGCCCACAUUCAGUGCACUGAGGGAGAGAAAAAUGCCUGAUCUCAGAGGUAGUGUUGAUCGUAUCAUGAAUUAGCCAUUGCUCAGGUGGAUAACCUGAGUUACAGAUUCUUCCAUAGCAAGUUCUUGCACAGAUCAUUAAUACCUAGCCACCAGAAUUUCACUGAACUGGAAAUACUGAGUCACACACACUACUGAGAUUACCCACAUUUCAACCUUGAUUAUUCUGUUAAUACAAGGAGUCCUGCUGAAAUUGGGCAUUGUUCAUCAGAUAUUUGGCUUCUCAAAGUUGUUUUUUUUACCUAUGCCACUCUCAUAUUCUUUGUGUUCCUGGUGAAUGGGAGAGGAGCCGAAAUACAGUCAUGCAGUUGUAAUUAACUGAAGCAAGUAGCCGAAAAUGGAAGAUGCCUGCACCUCCAGUUCAAAUGUAUUCAUUUUUGAUGAUGUAUAUUAUCUGUAAAGAAGCUCUUAUAUUAAGAAAAGCAAAUAAACAUGCAGUUAUUAUGAACAAUAAUUUCACUUUAUUACGAUAAAAAUGCCU